GGUUUCGGGUCCCGCUUCGUCCGGCUUGGCGCUGGAGCGAUCUCACCACUGACGCCAUGGCUGAUGCUAUAUCGACGAAGAUCGCGCAGCCGCUGCCGCCGGAGCAAGAUCGUGCGAUGCUCGCGCUGUUCGUGAUAGGUAGGGUGUAGAGGCGCUGCUGCUGCGACGGGCGAUUCACGACGCAUGGACAAGGAAAGACGGGGCAGCGCUGCUCCAGAGAAGUCUAGUGAUCUAAGCGGGUGUGGGAGAUGAAUGCAGGAAUGGAGGCUGUAGCCGAGACGGCGGUGGCGAUUGGAGCAAGCGACGGCGAUGGAGGCUUUUACGUGGACGAGGACAAGAAGCGGCGGCUUGUGAGCUUUUGCAACGGGCUGGAAGAUAUUAAGGAUUGGAUCUCGAAAGAUAAGGAGCUGAGCAGCCGAGUGCCCGUGCCCCACCUCUCCAUCUGGAGGAUCAAGAAGCUCCACACGGUGGUUGUCGCGAGUCCGACAGAGGAGGAUGUGCGGAUAGGUGACUAUCGGAUCCAGCGAGCUUGGAUAAAGCAGCUGGAUGGCACAUUGUCGAGCGAGAGAGUGGCACCGGAGAUGAUCAGGGAGGAGAUGGAGCUGCUAGUGGCCGCCACCAACAGCGAGCUGGAGAACGUGUACUACGCGAGGGAGAUGGGAAGUGCUGCAUUCGUGGUGGACGUGGCCAAAUUGGCAGCGGGCUUCUUCUUGGAGUUCCAGGCGAUCCAUCCCUUCGGUGAUGGGAAUGGACGGCUUGGACGACUGCUGCUCACGUACCUGGUCUCGGGAGUCACUGGCCUCCACUUCCCCCUUACGCUGCUGCUGGAUGUUGGCCCGACAGAGCGGCACUUGGGCGAGGCGAGUUUGAUCGGUAGGGAGGAGUGGCGGUCCUUACUCACGCGGGCCUCGGCGAAUGCGGAGGAUUUGAGUAGUGUUCCGCCGGCGAGACAUGGACAGUAUCUCUCUGUUCUCACGCGCGCAGGAGCCACGGGAAGUCCGGGAGAGCUCGCAGCUCUCAUUGUGGAGGGCAUCUUCGUUGCUCUUUGCCGCUUGUAGAUAGACGCCAAACUCUUUUGGAAUUACGAGACGAACGUUUGUAGCCC